AAGUUGAAAACUGCCUCUCAGAAUCAUGUAUUAUAUCAAAUGUCAAAUUCAUAUAUGUUAUAAAGCAGAUUACUAAACAAUUACAAAAGGUGAGUUGUCAAGACUUACUUUGUAAAACUGGAUUGGAGUUCAAUUAUUCAUAUGCUCUCUUUCUGUGUAUUUACUGAGUAUUAAGCUUGUUACUGUGCUGCUUUUCAAACUUUGGAAAUAAAAGGCUGAGAUUUAUUGCUUUGUUGCUAGGUUUUAGGCAACAACCAGAGGCCCUAGUUUUACUUUUCUUUUUCUACUCUGACUUGAGCUCUGUAGAAAAUUAAUUCGGUUUCUUAGCAACCCAGAUGAGUAAAACUUAAAUAUACUUUGGCUUCUUUUGUAAAGCAAUGGAUAAUGUUUCCACUAAAAACUGUUAGUCUCUCUUGGCUUUACAGAAAAGAUUUGCUGAGAUAUAUUACUCUGAAACAUUUAUGAAAAGCUAUCUUUCAAAUGGUUCCUCCAUGUGAAAACGCCCUCCACAUAAUGUACCAUGAGUCUCAGAGAGGCACAAGAGAUAGGGAUAUUGCAAAGAGGCUGCAAUAUUCUUCACGACAGGAUCUCAACUCCAAAUGGAAAAAAAGUGUUCUGCAACCUCCACAAUGUAAAAUGAAAGUUAACGUAUGGGAAAUAAAGCCACCUGAUUUUAGCUACAAGCUGUAUACCUCUUUGAGAAUUCCAGAAAGAUCAUCCAAACCCCUUAAGGAAGAAAAAAGGAGGGAAAAAAGCAGUUUUCCAGAUAUAAUGCUUCACUUGCCUAGCAUAAGGAAUCAUCCUAAGAAGGCCAUAACUCCUAAAUUUAUAACUACAUUUCCACAUCUGGAUUCAUCGAAAGCAAAGUUAAUGUUUGUGAAGAGUGGACAAUAUCCAAAGGGUGUAUAUGUCAAUCCCAAACCACAUGAUUUUCGACAGUACCAACCUGGUUUACCCAACUUUAAGACAACUUAUGAAAAGGACCCCUUUGGAUUAAAAUUUAAGUCACAAUCCUUAAGUACAGUACAGGGAUGCCAUUUACUGAAAGACGAUAAACAGAAGAACACUACAGAAAAAUUUAUCACCCACAAGGGUCGUGAAUGCACCUGGGAUUCAAAACUAAUUCUGACGAAAGACCCAUGGCCUGUUAGAUCUGCUUCAUAUACUAGACAUAGAAGGCGGCGUGAUGCAUACAGUGCAUUUAUGGAUCGUGUGGAAGAAAAGUUUACAAAGAUAUGCAAGAGCAGGUGUUGGUGUCCAGAGGAGAAAUGGAAGAAACAGGGGCAAAAAGCUCAGCUGAUGGACCAAACCAGCAUAGGGCUACCUGAACUCUGGCCUGAAUGUUCAUCUCCCAUGCAUUUCCCAGUGAGGAAUGAAUUUUGGCACCUUCCUGGAUUCUACAGAAAUCUGCACUCUCCCAGAGGCAUGAGAAAGUGCUAAAACAACAAAUGAAAGUUGCGUAAUUUGAAAUGCCCUUGUUACAACAUGGAUCAGAAUCCAAUCAUCAGGCUUUGGAUUUAGUCUGUGAAACUUAGAUCUAUGAGUGCUGAUAAUGUUGUGCUUUCUGUUAAUACCCCAGCUUAAAGAGAUGCCCCAGUCUCAGGUAAAGCUAACGUGAGAUGAAUGAACAACAAUAUGCUUACUAAUUUUGACCACCAUGUCCCUCUAAGGCCAGAGAUUGCAACUGUUUGCAUCUUUCAUGGAAGUAAGAAUUAUUUGGAUGUAGCAUAUAUUCUACUAAAGGAUGACUGUUAACGCUGGGUGGGGAAGUAACAGUUAAAAAUCAAAGAUUUUUAUUCAAAAAAAUAGAGAAUAAGAUAGCAACCAGAGCUGAAGUCAUUCAAAUAUAAAUGUGGCACUUUCUCAGGAGAUAUCAUCCAAAGA